GGAACUCGCGUCGUUCAAGUCGUCACCUACGGUCCAUCAGCCCUGUAAAUAGCGUGGGUCCCCGCGGCAUCCCCUCGCCAUCUGUACUUGUGUAUGCAAGCGCUCUCUUUUGCGUGUGUGCGCGAGUACAAAGUGUCUUGUGGUUUGGGUGGUUUUCCUUUAGAUUAUUUAUUCGAGGUACUUCUUUUUCGUGUGUAUAUAUAUACAUAUAUAGGAACGCCGUCAAGUGCCAGCUGUCCCAUAGAAUUAUCAUUAUCAUUAGUGUGACACCAACGUUGGUUGCCUCUCCGUGGCCUUUCCGAGAUACUCGUGUUGUUCGCAUUGAGGGCAGUUGACUGGAGCGCAGGCAUCCUCGCGGAGCAUCAUAAAGCUCAGCUUCCUCAUAUACAUGCAUAGAACGAAGCCAUUUCGCUCCUCCAAGAAAAAAAAUUGAAACGCAGUCUUCACGUCAUAGAGCUGAUUCAACUGAUAGAACCAAGAACAGUUAUUGCAAAUGAAAACGUCCUUGUCGUGCGCUGCUCGGGCAGUGCGCAUGUACAUGCCCAUGCAAGUCGCCGCUGCGCCUUCUUCGUCUUCUGCUGAAGACCCUCGCACCGUCUCCGCGACCGAAACGGAAGCGCCCUCUUCGAAUGACGUCCGGACAGCGCGCCGGCUUACGGAAGCCAUCAUGCGCUCUCGAGCCUCGCACAAGCAAGCGCAGCGUCAACGCGAUGCGGCACCGUCGCCGAUCCCGCCCCCCAUCCACGCAACGAGUGCCCCUCAUACACGGCUGAUGAGUGCAUCUGCCAAGAGCGGAACUUCCGCCGCCGUUACUGCGGCGGCGGCGGAAACGGCUGCGAACGGGCCAGACGCGAUGCGUCUCGCACUCUCCUACGGCCGAUCCGCACUGCUGACCCAUCUGGCGCACCAGCAUGAUGACUCGUCCACGCAACUGCCCUACGCCUACUCCGCUGAGGACUGGGCACGCAUCAUGGGCGAAAACGCCUCCUCUACCACCACGGAGUCCGCUGCGUUUGGGUCACACAGCAGCGGCAAGCACUUCUUCAGCGCAGACGACGGCUUGGCGGCCCUGUUGACGGAGGUGGAAGUGGCAUGGGCAAAACUGGACAAGGAUAUGAAACUGCGCUGGAUCGUCUCAACGCCGCAGGGUCGACGGGCGUUGCGGCAGGCGAUGGAGACCGCUGCGGAGACACGUCGGGGUGGCCGUGCGCCUUCUCAUCUUGCGGAUGCUGCGCAACGCGUGCCGUCGCUAGACCAGAUGCUGUCCAAGUACGCGGAUGCCUUGGUGCGGCCCCGACUGCCCCGACCCGCCGCGCGCUCUCCUGCUCCCAAGGACCGUCACCUGUACGAGCUCUUCUGUGACGCAAGGGCACAGAAUCAGCUCGACCACGUGCAGCUCUUCUCCCCUCAGGACGGCGAAGUACGAAUGCACAAGAGCGCAACGCGGGACUCCGCAAACCGCACAAGUCUGCGUCGCAAGGCCGACGCGGCACGUGCGAUGGAGCGGGAGAAGGUGUGGUUCCAAACCCUCGCCAACUGUCUCGGCGGCGACAACGCCGUAAAACUGGUAAAUGACGUGAAGAGUCUGCAGCGUUCGCGCGAGGAGACGGGCGAGUACGAAAUGCGCGCUGCGGCCAGCAACGGCAGCGUUGGCGUGCCUGGUAGUGUCCCACCGGCGAGCCCUACGGAAACGACGGAGGAGGCGUCUGGCCAUGAAGGGGGAAGCGAGCCGACAUACUCCACCGGGUUUCUGGAUCUCUGUGAGGAGCUCGGCAUCCGCAGUCCUCGUCGCGUUUACGUUCGCUCCCGCGUUCUUCAAGCGGUGGACGAAGCAGCCGCCACGCCGAAGCCGCUCACCCUUGACGAGGUGCGCGAGUUGACCACAAAGUACUGCGCCCAGUACGACAAGGAAGUGGCGACGAUCGCAGCGAAUGCCGAGGCAUCGGGCAGCGUGCCGGCUGAAAAGGCGGUGAGCGACUUUGAGAGGUAUCAGCUGGAGCUCGCGGUGGACAAGGUACAAGUGAAGCUGUCUAAGUUUCAAGGCGACGUGCCGUUGUUGCGAAGCUGCACGAGUGUUUUCAACAAGUAG